AAAACCGAAGCAAAGCAUCGUUUUCAAAAUCGUGGAGGAAUUGAUCCAAGGCAGAGGCAAGGAUGUUGGAUUGGGCUCCGAUUCUAAUCGGGUUGUUCCUAUUCGUUCUUCUGUCUCCGGGGGUCCUGUUUCAGAUACCGGGCUGUACCCGACCCGUCGAGUUCGGCAACUUCACCACCAACGGCAAGGCGAUCAUGAUCCACACUCUCAUUUUUUUUGGAAUUUUUACUAUUCUCAUUAUGGCAUUGCGUCUUCACAUAUACAUGGGCUAGCUACCUCUAUUUAUGUAAUUAUAUAUUUUUUUACUAAUUUUUUCAUCUAUAUAUAUGUUUUUGUAAGUCUGUUUAAAUGGAGCAAAUUGUGGCAUGCAUCUUCAUUAUCUAGCUCCUAUGGGUGUUGUUAUUUGAGAUAUUGUAAUUUCAAGGACAAUUUUUAGAUUUGCCACAAUAUUUUUGCAA